GAAAUUAUUUCUUGUGAUUUUAUUUUUAUCUUUAUAUAUAUCUCUUUAAAAUGAAUUUAUAAACCACAAAGUAAACUUUGAUAUAUAGUUGUGAUUUUUCAUUUACAAAUGAACGUAAAUGUGAACUAAUAAGAAUUUCAUUAACAAUAAUACAUUAAUUUAGCGAAAAGACUCCAAUAUUACAUUAAUUGUUGGAGGGUAAAUUAGUUAGAUUAAAUUUCGAAUAUUAGCAUGAUUUAAUCUUAAAAUUACUUGGAAUUAACUAUAUGCAGUAGCUUUGCCAAUUAAAUUAGAAUUUAAACACCAAAUAAAACUCGGAAUAUUAAUUGACAUGCACGUCUAAAAAGAAAAUUCCUAAAAAUAAAAAUUUGGCUGGAUACUUCACCUCUCCUCAACCAUGAAAUGUUGGAUGAGGGUUAAUCCUAAGAACACACAAUAUGCCACCUGUCCUUGGCACUUACCCCAGCCUUCACAACUCUCUCAAAUAUUAUCCAAAUUCUUCUAAUUUCCAGCGGCAAACCAAUCAUGAAUGAGAGAGAAAGAUUACGUGUAACCUUAUAUUAUUGUUAUCAGCCCACUUCAUCUCUGUACAAUAUCAACUCGAUAACUAACUUGUCGACCAAUCUGGUUUCAAUCAUAUUUUGUUCUGUUUAAGGUAUUUUCGCCAUUUUGGUUUUAAAAAUUUUGUUUAAAAUAAUAUUAUUUCAGCUUUCUUAAUUAUAUUUUUUAAAAAUCCUUAAUAAACUGGUUAUACAUGGAUUGAUCAGUAAAACUCAUGAGUCUAGAGUUUAUUUGGAAAUGUGUAUACAGUGUUUCUUUAAAUUUUGAUAUUUUAUUAAAAAUUAAUUUUUAAUAUUUUUAAAUUAUUUUGAUGUGUUGAUUUAAAAAAUAAUUUUUAAAAAAUAAAUAAAAAUAUUAUUUUAAUAUAUUUUUAAAUAAAAAAUACCUCAAACUUCAACCCACGUAAUUUUAAAUACACCCUGCGGGUUCAUGAACCUGGCCCAUCCUUUUAACUAUUCCACCAACAAAUAAUAAAGCGAACACACCCUUUUAGCUCUUUGUGCGCAAAAACAAAAAACAAAAAACAAUUUCAAAUGUAUAUAAAUUCUUCUCUCUUUAACAACAAAAAAAAUUCCUCCUUUCCCAUAACCAUGGCUUCCAAAAUCUUGUUCACGGCCAUAGCUCUUCUUCUCUCCACCUUAGCCAUUGUUAUUUUUUCCUCCGAAACAUCCAAUAUAGAACCUCUUUCCAGUGCCAGAGCUAGACAACUCAAAAAGGUUCCGAUUGUGGGUGCUUUUGGGCCUGAAAGCUUUGCAUUUGAUUCGCUUGGCAAGGGUCCCUAUGCCAGUUUAUCGGACGGCAGGAUAGUGAAAUGGCAGGGAAAUAGAAAGGGAUGGACAGAUUUUGCUGUGGCUUCUCCAAAUAGGGACGGCUGUGGAGGGCCACGUGAUCACCAACACACGGAGCACAUUUGCGGGCGUCCAUUAGGUUUGUGCUUCGACGAAUCACACGGUGAUCUGUACAUUGCUGAUGCUUACAUGGGAUUACUUAGGGUGGGGACCCAAGGUGGCUUGGCCACCAAGAUCGUGACACAUGCACAAGGAAUUCCCUUGAGAUUCACUAAUGGUUUGGACAUAGACCAAUCAAGUGGUGCCAUUUAUUUUACCGAUAGUAGCUCACAGUAUCAAAGAAGGCAAUAUCUCUCAGUGGUAUUGAGUGGGGAUAAAUCAGGAAGACUUAUGAAAUAUGAUCCAGUAAACAAACAAGUGAGAGUUCUUCUCAGCAACCUCACGUUUCCAAAUGGAGUAGCUCUAAGCAAAGAUGGCAACUUCAUUUUAUUAGCUGAGACCACCAGAUGUAGAAUUUUAAGGUAUUGGAUAAAAACGUCGAAAGCUGGAACUGUCGAAGUCUUUGCUCAACUACAGGGUUUCCCGGAUAACAUAAAAAGGAGCCCUAGAGGAGGAUACUGGGUUGGUAUAAAUUCAAGGAGAGAGAAGCUUUCUGAGUUGUUAUUUUCAUAUCCAUGGAUAGGGAAUGUUCUGCUUAAGCUUCCACUCGACAUAGCGAUGCUCCAAUCAACUCUGUCCAAGUAUAGAGGGAGUGGCUUGGCAGUGAGGUUGAGUGAGAAUGGUGACAUACUGGAAGUGUUCGAAGACGACGACGGAGAUGGGUUGAAGUCUAUAAGUGAGGUCAUGGAGAAAGAUGGGAGAUUAUGGAUAGGGUCGAUAGCUUUACCUUUUGCUGGAAGGUAUAGGAUAUGAACAUGCAACGAUAUAUUAAUUAGUAUGGAUUUUUCAUGAAACAAUUAAGAAUUACAUGCAAAGUUUUUUUUUUUUU